AUGUCCGCCGAUAAAGAUAUAGUAAUCACGGGAAUGAGUGGUCGGUUCCCGAUGUCCGACAAUAUCGAUGAGUUUGCGAAGAAUCUGUUCGAUGGCAUAGAUAUGGUUUCAGAAGACGAUAGCCGCUGGCCAUUAGAUUUAUACGGCAUUUGUCCGCGAAUGGGAAAAGUGCGAAAUGUGGACAAAUUUGAUGGAUUUUUCUUUGGUCUUAUGCAACAACUGGUGGAUGAGAUCGACCCCCAGUCUCGCAUACUAUUGGAAACUACUUACGAGGCUAUCGUUGACUCCGGGAACGUGGAGUACGCUAUAGUGGGCGGCACUCACAUGACGUUCGAGCCGUUCCUCAACCAAAUCGGUCAAGAAGUGAGUCUAUGUUCGCCGCGCGGAGUGUCGGCCGUAUUGGACCAAAACGCGGACGGCUUCGUGAAGGCCGAUGGCGUGGCCUGUCUUCUGCUCACACACAGACAGCGGGCGCGACGAGUGUACGCCACGGCACUCGCGUCCCGGCUCAACAUCGACGGCAAGAAGACCAAGGGCAUGUUCUUCCCCGCCUCCGAAUCGCAACAGGAUCUGAUGGUUAUGGCCUAUAAGGAGGCCGGCGUUGAUCCUCUCAAAGUCAACCUGAUCGAGGCACAUUGCACAGGCACCAGGGCGGGUGAUCCGCAAGAAGUGAAGGCCAUAUACAACGCGUACUGUGCACUCCCGGGCCGGACAGAGCCCCUGCCAUUGGGUUUGUUGAAGAGCAAUAUCGGCCACACAGAGGGCUGUUCGGGAAUCGCGGCCAUCAUUAAAGUGUUGAUCGCGUUUGAAAACGAGUGCAUUCCUCCCAAUCUGAACCUCAAACAGAUUAAAGACGAGUGCAAACAGUACUGUCCGCCACUCUAUCCCAACACCGAGAAACUGCCCUAUACUCCCGGCAUCGCUGGUAUCAACAACUUCGGCAUCGGUGGCCUAAACGGUCACGUGUUGAUUGAGUGCAAUCACAAAGUACAAGAUGAUGGUGCAUUUCGCAUCGCCGAGACAGUGCCCCGUAUUAUCAAUGUCUGCGCGCGCACUGAAGAGGGCAUCAAAUAUAUAAUGGAUUUUAUACAAAAUAAUCCGCAAAAGAUUAGUCGAGAAUUUUUGGCACUAUUGACAGACACUAUGCGUGUGGAGCCCAGUGUUAAUUCAGCCGGUUUUCCAUAUAGAGAAAACCUCAAGACCUCUAUGGGUACUGUUCCCGGGUUUGGGCGGACAAUGGCCUGCAAUGGCUGCAGCUUUGAUGCCAAUCAAGAUAUUCGCCGAUAA